AUGGUGGUGCCUUUGCUUGCUGACCUUACCACUGAUGAUGGUGUGGCACUCCUCUACCAUUGGCUCACCUGUCCGUACUUGGUCGGCCUCCGGCUGGCCCCUCCUUGCGGCACCGCUAGCUUGAAGCUCCUGGGCUCGAACGUUUUUGUUGUGUGUUGGGGGGGUAGGGUAGACUUUUGGGCCUUUUGGCCAGCCUUCGCCGCCAUGGUUUCUUUCCGGAUGGGUUUUCUCAUGAUGGUUUUCAUGGUGGCAGUGGGCAUGCCGGGUGCUGUGCCGGCCAAUGGAACUGGUGCAGCGGAUGCCAUGGCUGAUGAUAGGCCUAUGGUCAGUGACCUUGCGGAGGCGAUUGUAGUGGGGCUCUCCACCAUGUUGGAUGGCCUGGAUGGCUCGCUGCCUGACGCCCACGCCCUGGAUGAAGCGGCAGACUUGCUGGAGUCGGCAUCGAUUGCGGAGAAUGUGGCGUUCUCGACGCUCAUGGAUGAAGCGCUGCUGGUUCUCGGACAUCAUGCUUAUCCACUGCCGGUUCUCCAGGAGCUGCAAAGACACUGGACCCAGAUUGCGACGAUGAUUGCGGCGAAGGCAGCGGGCUCCGCUGGGGAGCCUGCUGUCGGCAAGGCUCCGAAGAAGCAGCUGCCCAGGCCUCGACAUAAACGUGGAGCGCCAGCCAAUGAGGAAGGCUCUACGUCCGGGGCAGCCUCGUCGAGAGACCCAAUGGGGAUGACACCGGCCAGGGGUGCGGCACCCACGUCGCGAACGCCAAGUACCUCGCAUAGAUCAAGGUCGCCAGCCGGUUCCUACCGGCCCCCGGCAGCCAAAGGACCGCCGCCACCGAGAUCGGUGAGCGUUGGGUCACCUGGUGGGCCGCCACCUCCGACGCUGGUGGGGCCAGCAACGGCGGGCAUGGGGCUUGGCAUACCGCCAAGGCCUUUUCGUGCCACAGAGGCCAAUGUGCCGUGUCUGGCCCGAGUGCAUGUCCCGCUGGUUCAAAUCCCGGGGUAUGCAGGUGCAUUGAUGGCACCGUUGGUCUGGCCGCACGCUGCUGCAGCUGAUGUUCGGUGCCUGACAUCGGAGGAGCUCGUUUGGGAAUUGGCCUCGCGGAUUGGAAUGUGCGGGCUGACUCCGAUGUGGGCCCAGAGCGGGGCAUUACAAGAUCGGCUGCGGGCCCUCAUGGACCAAGCUGAGAGCCGAGGUAUUCACCCGGCAGAUGUGGCGCGGCGUGUUGUCGGCAUGCUACGUGGAAGAGAUGCUGUGCCACAGCAGCUGCCGUUCGCGGCCGAGGUGGCCCGAGAAAUGCUCAGGCCAUAUCACUUGCGGAUGUGUGUGCGUGGGAAAAUGGAUGGCCGCUUGUCUCCUGUUCAGGUAUGGCUGAAGUCCCCGACGACACCUGACCCGGGAGCUGCGCACACAGGGAUGGGACUCUGGAUCUGGCACUUUUUCAGCUGGACAAAUGUUCUUGCAAUGCAAACAUGGGUUGUGUGCACGACAUGUGGUUGCAACUGGUCACGUGCUGACUCCUGGCCUUUCAGUUUUGUUGGGCUCAGCUUGCUGGAACAUGAUUCCACCACAGAGUGGGCGCGCUUCCACAGGCUGGCUUCUAUGCAGGUGGUGCUUCUUGCUCUGUGGAACCAGCUUUGGACAGGUGCCAAUAUGCACAUGGAGCUUGGACUGCGGCCUCUUACCGUCAAGCGACUGCGCUAUCCUUCGGGUAUUCUGGGCAACGUUAUGUCCGUGGACACCAGAGGCCUGUAUACAGUCCUUGGAUGCGUGGGCACUUCCGACAGCAUACCGACCCCCUGGGAUAAGGACUAG